AUUUCGAUUUUUAUUGCCUUUUCCGUUUUUUCAUUUAUGUUUCUGGAGUGCACUUGAACGGAGAAGGAAAAAAAAGAGCAUUUCGGAUUCCAAAGGCAGAUUGGAGUCCUCCUGCAAGAGGAUCGAGACGCUGGAUCUGGAUUCAGUUUUCCGAUCUAAAAUUUUGUUGGUUAUUGGCCUUCGAUGCUGGGUCCACCAGAAGAACCGUUCCAAUCACUGAGGCGUGUCCCACAUAUGGUGGAGUUGAGGGAGGGAAAUUUUUGACAUGAAUGAAAGAUGAAAAACAUAAGGGUGCAUUUGCCAAAUAUUCUGUAGAUGAGCUACUGCUGUCUGGCUGGUGAACUGCAGCAGUUUUUUGUUCAUAGGUGGUCAUUUGGUAGUGUUCCUGUUCCAACUGCUGUAGAUUGCAAUAGGCAUUGUGUAAUUAUGUUGCUUGUCCAAGGUUAUCCACUCGUACAGGUGAAGCAAUUGGAAAACCCAGACACUGUUUUUGACGCAAUUGUUGGUCUUGUUGUUUGUUUUGCAGAACAUGGUCUCAUACACUGUGACUUCAAUGAAUUUAACAUUAUGAUCAAUGAUAAUGAGGAGGUUACAAUGAUUGAUUUCCCUCAAAUGUUGUCUGUUUCGCAUCGCAAUGCACAAAUGUACUUUGAUCGUGAUGUUGAAUGCAUUUACAAGUUCUUCAGUAAAAGUCGGGUAAUUAACACAAUACUGAAACGAAUUCGAAAAAGAUUGGUGGCAUGGCCUCCUCGGCUGCUGCUGCUGCUAAUUCAUCACGUAAUGGAAAAGGCAUGGUUCCCCUGUAUUGACAUAACUCUGGAGGCUCUGACUUUGGCAACAACAGCCCCAAGAUUGAUCAGCUGAUUCAAGAAGUGACACAUCAUAGCAUAGAUGGUGCAUGGGAGGUCUGUGGCAAGAAAUCUAAGAACUGAACUGGGAAUGGUGCUGAGAAACAGAGGGGAGCCUCAACUGCUGCCCCAAAAGCCUGGGGGCAUCCAGAAAUGUCUCAAAAGUCGUCCAUGUCUGAUAAUGGUCAAACAGGAUGGGCUUCUGAAAUUAAUUGGCGACACAGACAGUUGAUUCUAAGAGACAAGCUGGCAGAGUAAAUGCAAAGCCAGUGUAAUCUACUAGGUCUGGUUCCUCAAAUGUUUCUGAAUAGCAUUUCUUUGCAUUAUCUGUUGAACAGAACAUGAUGCUGUGUAACAGAAUCCAGCAUUGCUGUUUACAAUAAUGGUCAAAAAAUUUCAAAAUUAAUUAGAUAGUUUCUGCCAUCUUCCCUCUUUGUUCAUUUUUGU